UGAUUAAAGUACAAUAGCAUUUGCGCGUGCGAGUUUUCCCACUACCUUACUUGGUUUCGAUAUUUGUUCAUUCAAAUAAAAUAGACUACUAUAAAUAAUAAGAUAAUUGGCCGGUUUUAAUGCUAGUUAUUUUAUGAGCUUUUCAGUGAAAAAGUUGUUUUAAGGGCGCACGAUUUGUAUCAUGCUACCAAAAAGUUUGAAGUUCAACAAUGGUUUAGAAAUACCAAUCAUAGGACUCGGUACAUUCAAUUCGCCACCAGGUCAAGUUACAGAAGCUGUAAAAGUUGCUAUUGAUGCCGGUUACAGACAUAUUGAUUGUGCAUGGUAUUAUGGAAAUGAGGCCGAGGUAGGGGAAGGUAUAGCAGCAAAAAUCAAAGAGGGAAUAGUAAAAAGAGAAGAUUUAUUUAUAACAAGCAAGCUUUGGUGCAAUUAUCACGAGAAGGAAAAGGUGGUGCCUAUGUUGAGGGAUUCCCUCAAAAACUUGAAGCUGGAGUACUUGGACCUUUACUUAAUUCAUUGGCCUUUUGGGUUCAAGGAGGAAGCAGGUCCAUGGCCAACAGAAGGAGGUCCAGACGCAUACAGUGACGUGGACAUCACCGAAACAUGGACAGGGUUGGAGGAAGCUCAGGAACUGGGACUAGUAAAAAGUAUUGGAGUGUCCAACUUCAACAAGACCCAAAUAGAAAAAAUUCUGAAUGCGUGUAAAAUCAAACCCGUUUGUAACCAAGUUGAAGUCAACCCAAAUUUCAAUAACGAAAAACUAAUCAAUUUUUGUCAAGGGAAGGAUAUCGUGGUCUCUGGAUACUGUCCCUUGGGUAGGGUAGAUUCCUACGGGAAACCCAGAAUACCCAAACCAACCAUAUUCGAUCCUAAAGUGGCGGAAAUUGGAAAAAAAUAUGACAAAACGCCCGCCCAAGUUGUGCUAAAUUACCUUAUAGCCAAAUUAGGGGUUGUGGUGCUUCCAAAAUCUGUUACCAAGUCCAGAAUUAUUGAAAAUUUCAACAUUUUCGAUUUCCAGUUGGAUAAGGAAGAUAUCGACUACAUCGAUUCUACCCACAAAAAUGUACGAGUCUGCUUGGCACCUUACUUUGGAAAUCACAAGGAUUACCCUUUCCAUGAUGAUUAUUGAAGAAUUGAUAAUUAUAUGAAUUUUUUCCAUAUACCAUCUGUCAUUGAACAUAACAUAAAAAGAUAGUCCUUAUAAUUUUUUAAAUUGAAUAUAAUGAGUAAUGAUUCACA